AUGCCAGCGUUCAUGAACCACUCAAGUACACCGGCUGCGCAAAAUGAUCCUCUCUGUGCCGGUUGCGAGCUCAUCUUCGAGCCGAAUCCUUGGAAGGCUUUGCCCAUCCUCGCAAUCGGCAUAAUCUCACUGUUCGGCAACGCCGGUGUGAUCGCCGUCAUCCUCACUAACCGGUCGCUACAGCCGAUACGUCACUCAAGCAAUCAGGCCUUAUUUAUGCUAAGCCUAGGCAUCUCUGAUUUCGGCUCGGCCGUCUGCUUUCUGCUAUUCAGUGCACGAUACGCUCUACAAGGUCAUGGACCAGCCUCCGGGACCGAGCUCGACUUGGGCGCCGGAAUCUCAUAUUGCCUUCUGACGGCCAGUCUCUUCAGCACCCUCGGAAUCGGGCUCGACAAGCUAGCGCACAUUGAGACGCCGUACAGCUACGACCGUCUUUGGACGCGAAGAAGAUGUGCAACCCUUGUCCUCGGAUACUGGGUCCUGUUGGCCACUCUUUCCAUUUUGCCCACCCAAUUGGUGCCAAUCCCUCAUUAUUACUACCAAUUCAACCUGGACACGCUCACUUUUGUCACUCAACAUGAGGCCAAAUUUAGCGCUCUCCUCGUCGUGCGCUUCUGCAUGUUUGCCGCUCUCCUGCUGACAUUGGGCAUCGGCUACGGUCGUCUCUAUUGCAUAAUGCGUCAAUUCGCUACACGGCCUCCGGCGUCGGCAAGCACGUCUCAUACAGCCAGUUCGGGCCAAAUACAGUCGGAGAAGCGGUGCAAUUUGAUGCAAACUUUGCUCACAUGCGAACCGUCUGGCUUGUCGGGUUCGGAGUCUGCGAGGUUGAACGGGGCUCAGGCACGAAAUGGAACUGUAGCGUGCUCUCGAAAACACGAUGGCGUUCAUUAUGGUUGCGAGGGGUUAUGCGAAAGCGAGAAUGGCGAUCCUGCUGGCACUGCGGCGAUAGGGGGUCCAGUGGGCAGGGGAAUGUUGCGUGGAACCAAAACAAUCUGCCUGGUGUUGGGAAGCUUCAUUUUGGUAUGGCUCCCUUUUUUCAUCGUGCAUAUUGCAAUGGCCAGCAAACGCAUCGAAUCGGAAGAUGUGUUUAACGUAAGCAGAGAACUCAACCAUAGUGACAACCACAAGACUGGCGCAACUCCGUUGAAUGUCUCGUUGAACGAUAAAACUGGAUCCGACUGGAUCGGCGAUGAAUUCCGCCUCGAAAGUAAUCUCACCACGAGCAUCAAGCCUGUCUGGAUGCGCCGGCUUGACUUUGCUCUGAUUUGGUUUGCAAUGCUGCACACUUGCUUGAACAUCGCCAUCUACAGUGGCACUUAUAGACCUUUCAGGAAGGGUCUGGUCAACUUGAUUUUCCCGCGGAAGCGAUACUCCGUCAGUGGAGGCGGGAUGAUCAGUGGCUUGGCUGGUCGUCGACAAGGUUCGCUGCUGAACAAGACAGGAAUGCAUCAACGUCAAUCAAACACUUUGCUUCUGGCUGCAUUGGACGGCAAUAAUCUGGGCAGUCCGUUGGCAGGAUCCAAGCGACAAGAAGGCGGGCAGUUGGAAUUCAUAGACAAGAAUGAAAUAGACAAUGCUGUUUUAUUGGUAAAGAAAGAUGCAAAAUCCGAACCUAUUCGGGUAGAUUUGAGAUGA